UUUACAUUAUCCUGCACUCCCCUGUAAAGAUCAUCAUCGCCAAAACCCUAAACCCGGGAAACUCAUUUCACAAAAUGCCAAUCUUCUACUCUUCACCGAUCAACCCCCUCAAAUCGGUGUCGUUUCUUCUCCGAAGCCUCACUUGGACGAGACCCAUGUCGCAAUCCACCUCCAUUCCCAAGAAGCUUCAGCGUGUUCGCGAUCACGGCUAUGACAACUACAUGGAAGUCGAGAAGAAGCUUCGCAAAAUCCUCAAAUUCCAAGACCUCUUUCUCUGCCAACAUCAAACCCUCCCAGUCUCUCGCCUGGACACCCUCGCUCGUCGCCUCGACUUCAAACAACACGAAGCUGGUGCAUUCAUCCUCAAAUUCCCCCAUGUUUUUGAGAUAUAUGAACACCCAGUUCGACGUAUCCUCUAUUGCCGCCUUACCCGCAAAGCCCACCUCCAAAUUGAACAAGAAAAUCGGGCUCUCAAUGACCAAAUUCCCGACGCCGUCACUCGCCUCCGAAAGCUUCUAAUGAUGUCGAACACGGGUCGGCUUAGGCUGGAACACAUCCGAAUUGCUCGGCGCGAAUUGGGUCUUCCUGAUGACUUUGAGUAUUCGGUAAUUCUCAAGAACCCCCAGUUUUUUCGAUUGUUUGAUGCCAAGGAAACUAGAAAUAAGUACAUUGAGAUUGUUGAGAGUGACCCGACUUUAGCUGUGUGUGCAAUUGAGAAGCUUCGGGAGAAGGAGUAUAGGGAAAAAGGGAUUGAUGCCGAGGAUAUAAGGUUUUCAUUUAUUGUGAAUUUUCCACCAGGGUUUAAGAUUGGUAAGUAUUAUAGAAUUGCAGUGUGGAAAUGGCAACGGAUUCCAUAUUGGUCUCCAUAUGAGGAUGUGUCUGGGUAUGAUUUGAGGUCAUUGGAAGCACAGAAGCGGAUGGAGAAGAGGGCCAUUGCAACGAUUCAUGAGUUGUUGUCUUUGACUGUGGAGAAGAAGAUUUCUUUGGAGAGGAUUGCUCAUUUUCGGCAAGCAAUGAACUUGCCAAAGAAGCUUAAGGAGUUUCUUCUUCAGCAUCAGGGAAUAUUUUAUAUUUCAACUAGAGGGAAUUUUGGGAAGCUUCAUACAGUUUUUCUUCGGGAGGCAUAUAAGAAGGGUGAAUUGAUAGAGCCAAAUGAUUUGUAUUUGGCCAGGAGAAAGUUGGCCGAGUUGGUCUUGUUGAGUCCUAGGAAAGCAAAUGUGGAUAGGGAAUUGGUUAACUAUAGAAGGGACAGGGAAGAUGAUGAAAUGGUGAGGAUUCAAAGUGAUUAUGUUGAGAGUCGAUUUGAAGGUUUUGUGGAUGAAAACAAUUUUAGGCAAGAUGGUGAGAGAGGACGAGAUUCAGACUUGAAUUUGGAUAGUGAUGCUGGUUCUGAUUUUUCAGAUGAGGAUAACAAAUGUGAGGAAACAGUAGAUGCUGAGUUUUGAUUGUGGAUCUUAGUGGUUGUCAUCAUUUGUUGCCCUUUUGCAUUGAAGCAUCACCAUGGGGGAGAACCACCCAACACAUUGUCUAACACUUGGGUCUCCUGAAGAAGUAUGUGACUUGGAUUGCUUAAUUAUUGUGAGGCUCGUGGAAGAGGAAUUUGACCAUGCUUAUUAAGAAUGUAUGAAUGUUAGUGGACAAUUGGGUAUUUCCUUAAAUGGUCAAAGCACCUGAAUGAGAAUUGGUUUAUUAUGAAGACAUUGAUUUAGGAUGAAAAUGUUUAGUACCUUGAAUGCCUUGGAUUUGUUCUUCGCAAAGUUGAAUACUGUUUCAAGUUUGAGAUGAAGUUGAGUUUUGAUGCGGAGUUAACAGAAUUUUGUCCAACCCAUUUUUGCCAUUACUUUUUGUAUCAAUGCCAAAGAAGUUCAACAGAGGAAUUUUACUGAUCUAAGGGAGUUGAAGUUAAGCAAGAAAUCCCAGAUCUGUUGAAGUGGUAAUGCUCAGGCAAGCUUCCCAUGUAUUUCUGUAAGAUUUGUCAGAUAACUUGAUCAAAUUCAGAUGAACUUGACAUUUUGAUGGCAAA